CCGAACAUGAAAUAUUAUUAACUAAGAAAAACAAUCCAAGAUCAGGGUUAAAAUCAAUAAAGGUUAGUCAACAGCAGGGACGGUACAGGAAAAGCCUUCAGAAUCAAAGGUUAGUGUACUUAAAAAGUGUGAGUGAUCUGCCAGGUUGUGCACUCUCCUGGAUGUCCUGUGAUCCACUGCCAUCAUGAACCUAAAGCUCCUCUUAUUGUGCCUCUUCUUGGCGGUGCUCCUCGUACCUGCUGAACUGAAACGAAAAAAGCACAAACACCAUCAUCGUGAUCACGAGGGUCAUGGACCUGGGCAUAAACACCACGAAAAGAAAGGAAGGGUUGAGGACAUAUUGAGAGACGUUUUCUUUGAGAUCCUGGAGGGAGCUGGUGAUGAUGAUGAUGAUGACGAUGAACAUGGUAAUUCAGAAUGGGUUUUUGAACUUCAAGAGCCAGAAGGCCAAUGCAACCCAAACCCUUGCCUCAAUAAUGGAGUGUGUGAGCAGAAAGGGAAGAGGAAAUUUGAAUGCGAUUGUCCCAAACCGUUCAGGGGAAAGAAAUGCCAGAAAGGUCCCAAACGUUGUAAAAGAGGUCGAUGCGGGCGUGGUGAAUGUGUGCUGACUUCAACUCCUCCGUUCUACGAAUGCAAAUGCAAGGAGCCCUUUCAGCCUCCACGCUGCACACACUUCUCACUCUGUGAGCCCAAUCCAUGUAAGAAUGGUGGGAAAUGCAUCAAGGAUGGCAAUGACUUUGACUGCCUGUGCCCUAUGGGGUACAGAGGACGUUUCUGCCAUGUUGGCCCGAAUGACUGCUAUGUGGAGGAUGGAGAGUCGUACCGAGGCAAUGUGAGUGAAACAGAUGACCUCCGUGAAUGCCUCCACUGGAACUCUUACUUCAUCCUUGAGAACGGAGCUGAUCCCUUCAACUCCUUUGAGGACAAAGAUGGUCUCGGCCCUCACAACUUCUGCAGAAACCCGGACGGAGACGAGAUGCCCUGGUGCUUCUUCAGACAAGGCCGCAGGUUGUCAUGGGACUAUUGUGAUGUCACAGAGUGUCUUACACCAACAGUGUUUUCAGGUGUGGUGCCAACUGAAAUUGUCCUGACAGGUGCUAAUCCCACUGCUCCCACACCCCAACCUACCACACCUACAGUCACCUCCAAACCGACAGCUUCCAAACCCUCUAUGCCUGGGAAGCCCACCCAGGCUCCACAACCUUCCACAACUGAAAAGCCCACCCAGGCUCCACAACUUACUCUUACACCUGCUGUAGGUACUCCCAAUGCCACCGUUCCAGUGCAACAGUUCGCUACUUGUGGGCAGCCUCAGCCAAAAAAGACUGUUACUCGAAUUUUUGGGGGUCUGAAGGUCCCUCCUGGGGCUGCACCCUGGCAGGUGUCCCUGCAAAUGAGAUCGAAGAACUCCAACAACCCAUACAGACAUAUAUGUGGAGGAGUUCUUAUUGAGAGCUGCUGGGUGUUGACAGCUGGACACUGCAUUGAACAAAUGAAGGACAUGCAGGUUGUUGUGGGAGGUCUGUCACUGAAUACAAAGGAAUCCACAGAGCAAACCUUAAAAGUUGAGGAGGCUAUCGUACAUGAGAACUACAGAGAGAGCCCUGCAGCUGUUUACAAUGACAUAGCCCUGUUGAGGCUAAGAGGCACUGAUGGAGUUUGUGCCAAUGAGACCCAGCUUGUGAAGACAGCCUGUUUGCCUGAUGCCCAACUGCCUGAUGGGAUGGAGUGUACAAUUUCUGGAUGGGGUGCCACUGAGGACUCUCAAUUUGGUUCCAACCACCUGCUGGAGGCCAAUGUCAUGCUGAUCAGUCAGGAAAGGUGCUCUGAACGCCAAGUUUAUGGUGGAGUGUUGACUAAUUCUAUGUUCUGUGCUGGCUACCUACAGGGAGGGGUGGAUUCCUGCCAGGGUGACUCUGGAGGCCCACUGACUUGUAACCAGAACAAUUCCAAAGUUAUUUAUGGUCUGGUGAGUUGGGGGGACCAAUGUGGAAGGAAGAACAAGCCUGGGGUCUACACACGGGUCACUCACUUCCUGGACUGGAUCAAGUCAAAGACUCAAGCAGCAUCUCGAUAAAUCAAUUCGGCAGCAUCAUGCCAGUGUCUUACUCAUCAUGAUUCAGCUUUGGGGUUUUUUACCUGGUAUUUUGAUUUUGAGGUCUACAACAUAAUUUAAAAAAACAAAUGCUACUCAAUACUGCCGACCUAAAUAAUUGAGAAAUGUGUGCAUUGUUAUUGGAGUUUAAUGGCUUGUGUGUGGAAUUUCCAUACAUUUGAAAUGUGACUGCCCUUAGCCCUUUAAGUGUCAUAUUAACUUAUCAAUCAAGCACAGUACGUCAGCAACAUUUACAUUAGUGGGGUGGGAGAUGAAUCUAAGUCAGACAUUUUGACAAAGAUACCUAAUAAUUCUUUGAAUGAAUUAUGUUGAGUGCAUCAGUGAUGACACAGCAUGAAAAGUGAAGAUAUUGACAGUAUAUUAACACUGUGCUGAUAAAUGCGUCAAAUGACUUGUUUUAGUUUAUUUUGUAGAGCCCAAUAUCACACAUUUCAAAUUUACUUCAAUCUUUAUUAUGCUGUUCUGUGAGGAGUGAGGAGCACGGGGAUGAUGUCCCACUGUUGAAUAUGCCUUUUAAUAAACAAGCACACAAAAUCAAAAAGGGUUACAUUUUC